AUGGUAUUUCGGAGAGUCUCAGCAGUAUUGGCGGCCUCCGGUGGUGUUCUCAACCCUCGCUUCCAGGAAUACCAGAUCAUCGGGCGCCAUCUGCCUUCCGAGGCCAACCCUGCGCCAAAGAUCUACCGUAUGCGCAUUUUUGCGCCCAACGAGGUCGUCGCCAAGUCACGGUUCUGGUACUUCCUUGGCAAGCUCCGCAAGAUCAAGAAGGCCAACGGUGAGAUCGUCUCCGUAAACCAGAUCCACGAGAAGAAGCCCCAGAAGGUCAAGAACUUCGGUAUCUGGAUCAAGUACGACUCGCGCUCCGGCACCCACAACAUGUACAAGGAGUACCGUGAGAUGUCCCGUGUCGCCGCCGUCGAGGCUCUCUACCAGGACAUGGCUGCCCGUCACCGAACGCGCUUCAGGUCCGUUCAGAUCCUCAAGGUUGUUGAGGUUGAGAAGGCCGAUGACCUCCGCCGACCAUACAUCAAGCAGCUCCUCACCAAGAACCUCAAGUUCCCGCUGCCCCACCGCAUCAACAAGAAGGCGGGCAAGAAGGUCUUCGCUGCCCACCGCCCAUCCACUUUCUUCUAA